UGAAGCAACCAUUUUUUGUAAUAAAAAGGGUUACUAUACAGGUUUUAACAUAAGCAUUUAAUAAGUGCAUUCAAGAUACUCUAAAUACUCUCCCUCAAUUAAAAAAAAAAUCCUAAAUAAUUCUAGAAAAAUUAGACAAAAAUAAGAAAAUGGAACGCGAAAUAAUCUCAAGCGCAAACGUGAAACCCUCUUCUCCGACGCCUCAAAAUCUCCGACGCUACAAUUUUUCGAUGCUGGACCAGAUUUUCCCGCCAAUGCCUGUUCCCGUCAUCUUCUACUUCCCAAAUACAGCGCAAAUCAACGAUCCAGAUUCAUUAAUUUCUCAAAUUACGCAGCGGCUGACCCGAUCGCUAUCCGUGAUUUUGUCCCGGUUCUACCCGUUGGCCGGGAGAGCGAGCGGAGAGAGCGACUUCAUCGACUGCAACGACGCCGGCGUUCCCUUCGCCGUCGCCAGAUUCAGAGGCCACGAGCUGUCGGAGCUUCUGACGGAUCCCCGCCCCGAUCUCCUGCUGCCGUGCGGUGUCGAUUGGGACGGUAAGGCCGGCCCUGAUUCCGGCGCCGUCGCGCUGGUACAAGUGAACUGUUUCGAGUGCGGCGGCUUUGCGAUCGGAGUGGUUUUCUGGAACAAGGUGGUCGACGGACCGACGGUUGUGGCGGUUCUUCGGUCGUGGGGUGCGGCGGCGCGUGGGGGUAAGGAGGCGGUCUGCCCGAACUACAUGGCGCAGCAUAUGUUUCCGCAUAAAGAGCAUAUGCCGGCGCAGCUUGGUUCCACCGCGGAUAUCAUCAAAACUGGAAAAUCCAUCGUCAGAAGGUAUGUAUUUUACACCUCCGCAAUAUCAUCACUCAAAUCUAAAGUAUCCGACGUGGAACAGCCCUCGUCAGUUGAAGUCGUGUCAGCCAUAAUUUGGAAGUGCUUCAUGUAUGCAUCUCUCGCAAACGGUAAAUCCACUUCCUUCAUCACACAAACCUUGGACCUCCGCCGUCGAGCCCAGCCGCCGUUCCCCCCGGAAUGGUUCGGCAAUUUCCAAGCGCUGGCACCGGCGACAAGCCGCAACGACCAAAACGUGGCCCUGGGAGCACUUGUUAGAAAAAUAAGGGACUCCACAAACAAGAUCAACGACGAUUACAUCAAUAGGAUGCGCGGCGACGGAGGCCUGAUGGGCUACUACAAGAAUCUCCGGCUAGCGUGGAUCCAAUAUUCUCAAGAAUUCGACAUUUUGCCCAUCUCAAGUGUGUGUGGUCUUGAUGUUUACGAUGUUGAUUUCGGAUGGGGGAAGCCGGUGUGGUUUAGUAAAUGCGACACUAGCAAUGAUUCGGAGAUGGGGUCGGUUUGGAAUAGGGUUUGGUUGAUAGACACUAGAAAUGGAGACGGAAUAGAAGCUUGGGUGAUUCUCGAAGAUGAAUAUAUGUCGGUGUUUGAUCAAGUUCAAGAGUUGAGAACUCUUGCUUCUGUUGAUCCUAAUCCACUUCAUAUAUGAGAUUUGUUUUAAUUGUUGAUGAUUUUAGGGAUCUUGUUUUCUUCGGGUUUAAUGAAAAUAAAAGAAGUGUAUUAUUUUUAACAAUACUAUGAUCAAAUAUUACUAGUAUCAUUACUCAAUUCAA